UGUAAUAGCAUAUCAAUGCUUACAAUCAGAUUUGAAGUAUAAAUUAAUUGCAAUUAAGAUAUGUUUCGCUCAACAAAACGAUUGAUUUCUUUGCGAAAAGAUUCAAAACUCGUGUUGAAUCGCUUCUCCACUUGUAAUCACUUGUAUUCAGAAGAAGUGGUGAUCGUAUCGACCGCCCGAACCCCUAUCGGCUCAUUCAGGGGCUCAUUGUCUGCCUUAAGUGCACCACAAUUGGGAACCGUUGCCAUCAAAGCUGCCAUCGAGAGAUCCGGUCUCAGGAAUGAAGAUAUCGGAGAGGUUUAUAUGGGAAAUGUGUUGCAAUCGGGUCUACGACAGGCGCCCACCAGACAGGCGGCGUUGGGCGCGGGUUUGCCCACCACUAUAGUCACCACUACUAUCAACAAAGUGUGUGCCUCUGGGAUGAAGGCUAUUAUGAUUGGUGCACAGAGUCUCAUGUUAGGCCAUCAGGAGGUGAUAGUGGCCGGCGGUAUGGAAAGCAUGUCUAAUGUGCCGUUUUAUCUGAGAAGAGGUGACACCACUUAUGGUGGACUCAAACUCGAAGACGGGAUUGUUUUCGAUGGACUCAUAGACGCCUAUAGUCUCAUACAUAUGGGUAAUUGCGCUGAAAAUACGGCUAAGAAGUUGGGAAUCACUCGUCAGCAACAGGACGAGUACGCCAUCAACAGCUAUAAGCGCAGUGCGAAUGCAGCCAAUAGUGGCCUAUUGGCCAAAGAGAUCACACCAGUGGUCAUAACCGGCAAAAAGGGAUCGACGACUGUGUCUGAAGACGAAGAAUACAAAAAAGUAAAUUUCGACAAAUUCUCGACUUUGGCGACAGUUUUCCAGAGAGAAGGCGGGACAGUGACGGCCGCCAACGCCAGUACACUCAAUGACGGCGCCGCCGCUACCGUCCUAAUGACUCGCAAGUCAUGUGAUAAAUAUGGUGCCAAACCGUUGGCCAGAAUUGUUGGAUUCGCCGACUCAGCUGUAGAUCCUAUAGAUUUCCCGAUCGCACCGGCAUUUGCUGUCCCGAAGAUAUUGAAUAAGUUUAACAUAAAGAAAGAGGAGAUCGAGAGGUGGGAAAUCAAUGAGGCGUUCAGUGCCGUUGUCAUCGCCAACAUAAAGAUGCUCGACAUCGACCCCAAUAAAGUCAAUGUCAACGGUGGCGCUGUUAGUCUCGGACAUCCGUUAGGUAUGUCCGGCGCCCGUAUUGUCAAUAACCUGGUCGUGCACUUGAAGGCCGGACAGUACGGAAUGGCAUCCAUUUGUAACGGAGGUGGAGGUGCUUCUGCUCUAUUGGUUCAAAAACUGUAAGACAUGUGGCAAUG